CAGCAACAACAACAUAAUAGCUACUCACCAUCAUCCUGCACACAGACAACAACAUUAGGUUUAAAUCCAUUAUCACCACAGAGGCACUAUGAUCCGGAAUAUGCACGCAUGGAGGCGUGGAUGGAUGAACAUCAGGAAUUUGUUCAGGAUUAUUUUAUAAGAAAAGCCACACGCCAGGUUGUGGAUGCCUGGUUGGUAUCGCAUGCAACAUCAGCCGGCAAUGACACAUCCAAUACAUCACCCACACAUCCAAAUGGACAAAAUUGCUCAUCACGUGGUGGUUCGGGAGCCACAACACCAGUUAGAAAAAUAUCUGCACAUGAAUUUGAACGUGGCGGUUUGUUAAAACCUAUCGUCAAUACUAUCGAUGGCACCCCCACCUUCCUGAGUAUAGGGACGACAAAUGAUUGUUCCAUGGCCACAACAUCUGCUUACUGUCAUCGGGUGGUGGUAAUACCAGCGGUUCGGCGGGUGGCAAUGGCCUUGGUAGCGGUGGAUGUUCCAGUGGCGUAG